AGUAUCGGCGGACAAACCUUCGAGGUGCUCCUUGACACAGGCUCCUCCGACUUGUGGGUAGCCUCGUCGAACUGUACAAUUCAAGACUGUGCAAAGGUACCGACGUUCGACACGAGUGACACGGUCAAUCUCACACUCUCUGGGGCCGCAUUCCACCUCGGUUAUUUGCUCGGGUCGGUUACAGGCAUGAUCGCUACCGAUACCGUCACUUUAGGAUCCUACGAAGUCUCGUCCCAGGUCCUUGCGCUGGCCAACAGUACUUCUGGUCUUGAUCUAUCUGGGACUGGCUACAGUGGAAUUCUAGGGCUGACCUUCCCUGCGGAGGCGUCGAUUCCGGGUACCUACGGCCAAACCUUCAUUGACAACGUCUUUGCAUCCUUGGACGAAAACGACCGAUUUUUCGCCUACAAGCUCGGGAGGAACAACAGCGAUUCUUCAUUUACCAUCGGGCAACUGGAUCCUACCUACGCAAACUCUUCGUCGAACUUCACGUAUAUUCCCGUCUCUUCCGCCGGCCUGAGCAAUGGGAAUUACAAUUUCUGGAAGGUUCCUCUCGAGUACAUCACGAUCAACUCAACGCGUUUCGACCUUUCGAGAUCGUCAGUUUCUGGGGCGUCUACGAAUAUCGGGAUAUUGGACACUGGCACUACACUGCUACUCGGCCCUUCAGCAGACGUCGCAAGGUUCUGGCAGUCGGUGGGGAACGCAAGGAAUACGGACUCUGGCUGGCAGGUCCGCUGUAAUCGCGCUGCCAUCGUCGGCUUUGUUCUCGGCGACGGCGAUGACCAGAAGGAAUUUGUCCUGGAUCCCACCGAUGUCAACUGGGAACCAGGAACUCAGCAGGACGGGUGGUGUAUGGGUGGCAUACAAGCCAACGACGGAGUUUUUUCUGGCGACUGGCUGCUCGGUGACACGUUCCUCCGGGUGGGUGUCCUCAUCAUAAAACUACACAACGUCUACGCCGCUCAUCAUGCCGCUACAGAUAGCAGCCCUCCGAAAAUUGGUCUUCUCGGUCUUACAGACCCUACGGCAGCACUUGCGCAAUUUCGGGCUGUCCGAGGCGAUGAUUCAACUGCGCCCGCUGAGGUGCAUUCGCGCGCGCCUCGCUCGUUCACUGGCGCUGACGUCUGCGGCAUCGCUGUUGUCUGCGGCUUCGUGUUCGGUGUUAUUCUGUCACACCUCCUACACAUAUGGCUCGCGCCGCGCGGUCGCAAGAGGAGCAAGUACUGA